UGUUGCAACUUGCACUCAACCCGUCAGCGCUUCAGCUGCACCGUGGCCUUUCGCACCUUACCUGUUUGACCACGUUUUGUGGCAUUCGGUUUACAAGGCGCCCUGAACUACAUAGCAGCGGUUUACUUCUGCUAAGGCAUACAUUAUGAGCACUCACACGCAUACACAGAGAUCGACGGAGGCUCCAAUGGACUUCCAGUUUACGUCUCGCCCCAGCAGUAAUACAAAGCCAGUCUGGGCUAAUAAUGGCUCGAAUGCACCCCGAAAACGUCCAUUUGAUGACCUUCAACCCACGAGUCCGGCAAUUCCUCAGCCACCUCAAACUCCCAUAUUUGGAGAGAACCGCAACGUGCCAUUCAUUUUCCAGACUCCAGCACUGCAGACUCCUCCAGUCCACCCGUGGGUGCCUCCCAUGAAUUUCUCACCUCAGAAAGUGUUUCCUGUGCAAGAGCUGCGCGAUGUGGACAUGUCCGAGCUUAGUCCUCCUAAAUCUGAGGCUUCUGAGAAAGAAAACGGGAGAAUGGUUGCCACAGGGGCGCUCAGAAGGGUCUUCAACUCGAGGCAGAAGGCUCGUACAAAAAGCCAACACGUUGUAUCAUUACGUGACGACCUGAGGUACGGCAGCGAGGAAGAAAUUGAUGGCGAUAUAGAUCAUGUACCCGUGACACAAAACACGUCAAACCACUACACACUCAACAUACCGGCUAACCCAGCACCACGAACAGAUACGCCACAGGUUCUGCUAGGAUAUCUACAGUUCUUCUUCAACCUGUCUUUGGUCAUGGUGUUUCUUUAUCUCCUAGUGCAGUUCAUUCUCACAGUACAACGUGAUGUUGCCCACCGCAUCUCAGAAUACUCAAUGGAUAUCAUGCAAGAGAUCGGCAUGUGUGCGACACAAUACAGGAACAACCUAUGUGAAAGCAACCCUGUGCCUGCCAUGAUCCAACAAUGUGCAUCUUGGAAAACAUGCAUGGAUCGCGACCCAAACAUGGUUGGCCAUGCUCGAGUAGGUGCAGAACUCAUUGCGGAUGUCAUCAAUGGCUUUGUGGAGCCUAUUAGCUGGAAGACAUUGGUUAGUACAUGCGAGUCCCUGCUGAUCGGUGCACUGUACUGAUUACAUAUUCAUGCACAGGCUUUUACGUUGACGUCACUAA